AGAAAUUAAUUUUUUUUCCCCCUUUGCCGCUUCUAAAAAACCAACCACGAGUUGUCGUCGUGUGGGAGAAUCCAUCUUGAAGAGAGCUCCUCGGCCGUACGACCAGUGUAGUAGUUAAAAAUGUCCGAGGCAGAGCAGCAGUACAUGGAGACGUCGGAAAACGGCCACGAAGCGGAGGACGAUUUUAACGGAGGAGGAAACGACGGCAGCGCCGAGAAUGACUGCGGAGAAGGUGCGGGGACCGAUCCGGACGGGAACUCGCAGGACGGCGGCCAGAUCGACGCCAGCAAGGGCGAAGAAGAUGCUGGCAAAAUGUUUGUUGGCGGGCUAAGCUGGGACACAAGCAAAAAGGAUCUGAAGGAUUACUUCUCAAAGUUUGGAGAGGUGACAGACUGCACUAUUAAGAUGGACCAGCAGACGGGCCGGUCAAGGGGAUUUGGCUUCAUUCUCUUUAAGGACUCAGCGAGUGUAGACAAGGUUCUUGAGCAGAAGGAGCACAGGUUAGACGGUAGACAGAUUGACCCCAAGAGAGCCAUGGCCAUGAAGAAGGAGCCAGUAAAGAAAAUCUUUGUUGGAGGCCUUAACCCGGAUACCGCCAAGGAAGUCAUCGAAGAAUACUUCGGGACCUUUGGAGAGAUUGAGACCAUUGAACUCCCUCAAGAUCCAAAGACUGAGAAGAGGAGAGGAUUUGUAUUUAUUACGUAUAAAGAAGAGCCUUCUGUCAAGAAGGUUAUGGAGAAGAAGUACCAUACCGUCGGUGGAAGCAAGUGUGAAAUAAAAAUUGCCCAGCCCAAAGAGGUCUACAUGCAGCAGCAGUACGGCGCCCGGGGAUACGGAGGCCGUGGCAGGGGACGUGGAGGCCAGGGCCAGAACUGGAAUCAAGGAUACAACAACUACUGGAACCAGGGAUACAACCAGGGCUAUGGUUAUGGACAGCAGGGCUAUGGAUACGGUGGCUAUGGCAACUAUGACUACUCUGCUGGUUAUUACGGCUAUGGGGGUGGCUACGAUUACAACCAGGGCAAUACAAGCUAUGGGAAAACUCCAAGACGUGGAGGCCACCAGAGUAGCUACAAGCCAUACUGAUCACACGUAGUGCAGGUCUAAAGUAAAUAAGAAAAAGAGAUCCAUGGUCUGACCACAGCGAACAUGGGCUCUGGCUUUUCCUUUGGAGUUGGCAGAAAUUUGGACUCAUGCUCCAUUUGUACAGAU